AUGUUCGCAGACAUCACCAAGCCGCCAGCCCCGCUUCCCACCUCGGAGCUCACCACGCUGAGCAAGGGCAUGGUAUUGCUGCCUCCCCUUUCGCGGCGUGGCCAUGGGCCCGGCCUGAUCAUCCUGCACCGACACGCGGAAGAUCCGCUGGCCUUUUAUGAUGGAGCGCCGUCACCCUUGCUCAAAUGGGCGGAAGAGGGAUAUGCCGUUGUUCAACUGGAUCCCACCUCUUUCGAAGGCAGGCCAGCUGAGGAUGUGUUGCGCGAGGCUGUAGAAGCACUCGACCAGUGUUCAAGAUGCGAUCCAAAAGGCAACGUGGGCCUGGUGUCCUACGAGCCUGAUCUCUGGAACAAAGCAGCCCCAGCACUGGCCCAAGUCCCCCAGCUCAUUGCCGGCAUCACCUACAUUGAUGCAUCGGCCCUCGACAAUCUCGCGGCAGUCAAGAUCCCCACAUUGAACCAUGUAGCUGGACAGACUGCUCCGUCCGCUGCGUCUGCCAAGCAGUACCAAUAUCCCACGGCGAAAGGCUAUGGAUUUGCAACACCCGCCAGUGAGCAUUAUCACUACAUCACAGAAUCCAUAUCGCACACAAGGAGCCUCCAGUUUCUCAAGCCCCUCAUGAGCGGCCCUUAUUUCGACCUGGAAACGAUCUGGGAAGAACACACCUACUACGAAUUCGCUGACCGCUCUGUUGAGCAUACAAUGAGCACCAUGGUGCAAGAGCCUUACGUCAACCAUGUCCCCACGUUGACCGGCGGCAUUGGCCGACAGAAGUUGACAAACUUCUAUCGGCAAAAUUUCAUUUUCAACAACUCUGCCGACACUGAGUUGGAGCUCAUUAGCCGGACGCUAGGCAUCAACACAGUGGUCGAUGAGUUCAUCUUCAAAUUCACUCACGAUCGAGAGAUUGACUGGCUCAUCCCUGGAGUCCCUCCUACAGGACGAAAGGCAGAAGUCCCUUUCACAGCCGUGGUAAACAUCCGAGGGGAUAGGCUGUACCAUGAACACAUCUCGUGGGACCAGGGCACUGUCCUGAAGCAGCUUGGCCUGAUGCCCGAGUAUCUGCCUUUCCCGUACGACCUACCGGAUGCAAAAGCAGGCUCAUUCGAGUAUCGAGUCCCCGUCGCUGGGUCAGAGGGUGCGGAAAAGAUGAGGGACAGGAACAGCGUGCCAUCCAACGAAAUGUUCAAGUUUGAAGGAAGAAAAAAUGAGGACAAGUAA